CGCCCACACGGAGGAGCUGUUUUUUUUCUUUAGAGUAACACUGUGUCAGGGGACGCUAGCAUAAUCGAUCAUAAUAUCCAAGAUUUUUUUUUCCCGUGGGUCCUGUAACUUGACUCACUCCUUCGAAGUUGGACAUGGCUGCGCAGUGUGUAACCAAGGUGGAGCUGACUGUGUCCUGUGAGAAUCUCCUGGACAAAGACAUCGGCUCCAAGUCCGACCCUCUGUGUGUCCUGUUAAUGAACAGCUCUAAUUCCCAGUGGUAUGAGGUGGGUCGCACAGAGAAAGUCCAAAAUUGCCUCAGCCCAAAGUUUGCCAAGAAGUUUGUCAUCGACUACUACUUUGAAGUAGUGCAGAAGCUGAAGUUUGGGCUAUAUGACAUUGACAACAAGACGAUUGACCUGAGUGACGAUGACUUCUUGGGGGAACUAGAAUGCACCCUGGGUCAAGUUGUAUCCAGUAAGAAACUGACCAGACCACUUGUAUUGAAGAACAAGUCGCCAGCAGGGAAAGGGACCAUCACAAUCAGUGCAGAGGAAAUAAAAGACAAUAGGGUGGUGAAUUUUGAGGUGGAAGCAAGAAAACUAGACAACAAGGAUUUCUUCGGAAAGUCCGACCCCUACCUGGAGUUCUACAAGCAGACAGAAACAGGAUGGCAGCUGGCUCACAGAACGGAGGUGGUGAAGAACAACCUGAAUCCAACAUGGAGGCCAUUUCGAAUCCCCCUGCAGUCUCUCUGUGGAGGAGACCUGGAGAAGCCAAUAAAAGUUGAGUGUUACGACUAUGACAAUGAUGGUUCUCAUGAUCUUAUUGGAAUCUUUGAGACGACAAUGAAACGCCUCCAAGAAGCAUCACGCACUUCUCCGGCAGAGUUUGACUGCAUCAACAGUAAAAAGAAACAGAAGAAAAAAGGCUACAAGAACUCUGGUAUUGUGAGCGUAAAGCUGUGCCAGGUGGUGAAGGAAUACACCUUCUUGGAUUAUAUUAUGGGAGGCUGUCAGAUUAACUUCACUGUAGCCGUCGACUUCACAGGCUCCAAUGGGGAUCCCCGGUCUCCCCAGUCUCUGCAUUACAUUAGUCCUCAGGGUGUUAACGAGUACCUCUCUGCUAUCUGGUCAGUGGGUAAUGUCAUCCAGGACUAUGACAGUGAUAAAAUGUUUCCUGCAUUUGGCUUUGGAGCCCAGAUUCCACCCACAUGGCAGGUUUCCCAUGAGUUUCCUCUCAAUUUCAACCCAUCAAAUCCAUUUUGUGCAGGCAUUGAAGGUGUGGUUGAAGCCUACAGGACUUGCAUGCCGCAGGUCAAACUCUACGGUCCCACCAACUUCUCCCCGAUUAUCAACCACGUGGCCUGUUUUGCAAAGCAAGCCCUCCAGCAGACCACUGCAUCACAAUACUUUGUUCUAUUGAUCAUCACUGACGGAGUGAUCACAGACAUGGAUGAGACGCGCAACGCCAUCGUCAACGCCUCUCGGCUGCCCAUGUCUAUCAUUAUUGUCGGGGUCGGAGGAGCGGACUUCGGUGCCAUGGAGUUCCUGGAUGGAGACGAUGGUCGUCUGCGCUCACUGGCUGGUGAGCCCGCCAUGAGGGAUAUUGUCCAGUUUGUACCAUUCAGGCAGUUUCAAAAUGCUCCUCGAGAAGCGCUGGCAAAGUCUGUGCUGGCUGAAGUACCCGGUCAGCUGAUGGAUUUUUUUAAUACCAUGAAGCUGAGUCCACCCAACUCCAGUCCUGUACCAAACCCUGCAGGCUCCGUGUAAUACCACAAGGGAGUCACCACAAAGAGACCAGUCUCAUCUGCAGCAGCUGUAGAUCACAUCCCAGCUUCAUCUCAUUAUGCAAUCACACAAAGCCUUCCCAUUAUUUCCUAAGGUAGCUCUUUUAUUGCACCACACUAAUGAGACAGGUCAUCUGUUUUGUGUGUUUAAGAGUCUAGCUGUUAUUGCUUUUAGAUACUGAACUAUAAAAAUAGUGCUUUAAAAAAAAAAAAAACAAUCAUUCCAUCGUUUUGUUGGAUUAGGCUGAUGUACACUGAAUUGUAAAGAUAUUGGAAGACACACAGAACACAGACUUAAGCCUUUAGUGUUAAUGUAAUAUUUACUUAAUAACAGGAUAUUCAGAUUUAAAGGAAAACUUUCUCUUGCCAAAAGCACUGCACUGGAUGAUGCAUCAAAGCAGUGUGAAUUUUAUUAUUUUAUUUUUUUAAUGCAUGUUUAAUAGCUCUAGAAUUAGAUUACAAUACUUAGGUAAAAUGUAAAAUAAUAAAGAUUAUCUUUUGAUAAUAUCAAUAAAUGCAUGGGAACCUGAUAUGACCAAGUAGAGAAAAUAAUUGUCCAUAUAUGACAUCUUUAUUCUUGCUGUUUCUGGCACAUGAUAUUGAUGCACAUACUUGACAAAACAUUUAACUAUAUUAACAUGAUCUGCUAUAUUAAUCUGCUUAGAAUGAAAUGCUAAACCCAUAGUAUUAUUCUGAAAAGCUGUAAUAACUGGACGUAAUUUAGUUGUGCCAUUUUUCAUUUUUGUGCCAUUUACUUUUGGGAUAUUUUGUUUUUUGACUAUAGAUUAGCAGAGGUGCCACGGGAUCAUAUCCUAGACUGGAGCUACAGCUAAGAGGGAAGUAAAUCAGUGAUGAACAUGCUGGCACAGUAGAACCUAAACACAGGACUGAUUGUUAUAGUCAUGUGUAGAGCCCGACCGAUUUCAUUUGGUGAUUUUAAAAAUCUGAUAUUCUGAGAUGUAGGCUGAUUUUUUUCUUUCAGACACAUGAAACAGAUUUCCCUAAUAUUUGUUGUUUGUAGUGGUUUAUUUACUCAUUUACGCUCUACCUGACUCUGCUUGGUUUGUGGCAUUCCAAACGUGUGCUGCCAACUGGGAAGUUAUAUGGUGGAAGGACAUUUCUCCCACACCUUCUUUAUUUUAUUUUUUUAAGUUUUUAUUUAUCAGCUGUUGUAAAAGCAGAUACUGAAAGGUUGUCAAAUGGCGAAUAUUGUCUGAUGUUAUUGGCCUGGUGAUAAAUUGGUCAGGUUGUGGUCAUGUACAUGUGGCUUGUUUUCUGCAUGUAUUCAUUUUUUAUAUGGUUGUACAGUGAAGCACAAAAUGGACCAUGUUGUAUCAUGUUUCAGCUGCUUUGCGCUCCAAAAGAAGUGGGAACUGUGCCUUAAUUGUGCAUUAUGCUUGCAAAUAAA